ACAACACUCGCCGGUCGCCAGGUGCAACGUGCAGAGCAGACUACGAGGAGGACGCCAGCUGGUUUGGUAAUAAUCCUCUCGGUAUCGUACGGCAUCUCGUGCCAACGUGAGCCAUACCGUCACUCUGUCACACUGUGAGCAAAGAGCACCGAAAACUUGGCCCUCCCGCCCGUCAGAAGCAACCCCAAACCUGGCCAGCCACGGUCAGUGCAGCAUAUAUAAUCGAAAAGGAUACAAUCGAAAAGGAUCAAGUGCGCUCGCGCCCUCCCUAAACUACAACUGCCUCGCCCAGCCGCACUGGCCCGCCGUACAAGCUCCGGUGAACCCAACAACGCCCCUCCGUAGCCGUGUCUACGCCACAAAGAGUGCCCUGAGGGCCACAUUUCUCUUCCGUGGGCGCCGCUCGGAUAGCAAAGGAUACUACUGCACAGUGCACCGUGCACUGGCAGCAUACUGGAGAGCUUGUUGAAUUCUAUCUCUCUCUUCCUCAUCUCUCCAUGUUUUCAUACGCCGCCCUCACCCCCCGCGAGAAGAUGCGCCUCGCCAGGGAGGCAUUCCUCGACGCAGAGAGAGAGGAAGCAGAGCUGCAGAGACUCAGCUCCGUGCACAGGCAAAGGCUGAGCAAUACUCCCUCUCUCGACGAGAGCGUCGACGAGGACUCACUGUCACGCACAAGCUCGCUCCAUUCACGCUCAAGCAGGAGCAGCAACGGUGCGCCCUCUUCAUGCCACCUUGCCGCCACCCCCUACACCCCCAGCUCGCCUGCGCCCUCGCUCCCCCUGCCCCCACUUCCAAGUCCCACAACUAGCCUGCGUGACUUCAACCCCAACGCCUUCACGUCGCACUCCACAAGGCAACGCUCGCGCCUCCCGUCUGACCAUGUGCGACCCUCCGAAACGGCCUCCUUGGGCUGUUCCUCUACUAGCAGAAUGCUCCGCCGCGAGUCCUCGAUCGAAGGCCUUCGGUAUGACAUUGCCUCCGCCUCACGCUCCUUUCGCGUCACCAGACGCACCUCGACCGCGUCCACCACGUCAUCCAUCAACUCGGCGUGGUCCAAGCGGUCCUCCAGCUACUUUGAUGGCGAAGAUCUGCUCAAAGACCCUGAAUUGGCCUUCCUGCCCCAGGCUCUGCCAUAUCCCAAAAUCGGCCGCUCGCUGGCGAGAUUGAGCACCACACCAUCACUUGAACCACAUUCACCUCUUGCCGACAAGGAGCCCGUCCACUCUCGCGCUGCCCGUCUGUCGGUUGCGUCGACCAUCUCCUCCCCCGGCUCCCUCUCUUAUACCCCUUCAUCCUCGAGCUCGACAUCGUUGCCGACAGAUAUCGACUCGCCUCGGGUCCAGUUUGGCGGGCUGCCACACAGGAACUACCCUUCGCCCUUUGUUGCUAUGGGUGUCGCACCCCGAAGACGCUCCUCCCUCGCUACCCACGUCUUGGAAGAAGACGAUGGUGAGAAGGAGGACGGUAGCACAGUCUGGGUCGACCUCUCUGCGCCUAUCACCCAGGCCAAGCCAGUCCUUGCACCUGCGGCAGAGAUCCAAGUCGUCGAAGAGAUACUUGCAUCCCCGCCCACGUCGCCAGCGGUCAAAACACACCAGAGAAAUGAUUCGACGUUGAGCGCCAUCAUGGCGUUUCCUAUACCGCCUGAUAGGGUUGAGAAGAAGCGUACGCCACCGCCAUUGCUUCUUCCGGAGCCACCGAGGAUCAUUGAGGACAAGCUUGUGGACGAGCCGCUGCCUUAUGUGACGGGCGAGACUGUCUCUGAAGAAACGCAAGUGGAGGAGCAGACCCAGCAGCGCCCUCCCAGCCCUCAACUGGGUGAUCUCCUCAAGAGCGUCACUCGCGCAAAGAGACGAAGGUCAAGUGUGUCUGAAUGUGAUGGUUCGGAAACGGACGAGAGCGAUAUCGGUAAGUCGUGUAACACUACAGGGAAUUCAUACUCAUAAUCUCUAGACAUGGCAGCGCCAUUGAUCCAGGCCGCGCUCAGCUCCAAGAUCCUCACUCCCCGCUCGCGUCUUCUUCGUCAACGCCCGUCCCUCCCCCCCGUCUCACUCCAGCGCCCAACUCACUUUCAACAACGCACUGUAUCUUCCCCGUCUGUCCCUCUCCGCUCUUUCGAAGCCGAUGAAGGGUGGAGCGGGAGUGAGAGCGAGGAGGAGGGAUGGCAAGGGAUGAGGGAGAGCAAAAAGUUUGGCCCUCGCAGGACUGCAUCGGCAGCGGCUGCUUUGAGAAGAGCGAGUGCCACACCUAGCCCGGGGCUGAGGAUCAAUGUAGACCAAGACCUCACGCCAAAGUCUUCUCGUCUUUUCCCUCCCAGCUCGACAGACAUGUCGCCUUCUCUCACCCCAACCUCCCACAAACGCCUGUCGUCGUUGUCCACCUCCACCGCCGCAUCCUCCGAGCUCCCUCAGACACCCAUGACGGGUUUGAUGCUGCCCAACCUCUGCCCGUCUUCGGCGCACAGUGUGGAUAUGCACAGGAAGGGAUCAAACACUUCCGAUAUCAGCGUGGCCAGUAUCGGUGUCGCUUUGGCUGGUCCAGGCGAUUUCCCAUGGGGCGCCAGUUCACCGCCCAACUCGCCCGUACGCGCAGCAUUCCGUCGCGCAGGCUCCCAGCGAUCCCUCGCUUCCUCCACUUCAUUCUCUUCCCUCUCUCUUUCGCGAUCCACAUCUGACAAGGGCAGGCGACUGAGUAAGAAGGAUAGCAAUAUAUUCACAAUGCGACAGCUGCCUGCGCCCAGGCGAGAAGUGGAAGGGUGGGGCAAGCCCGAGAUCCUUUUGGAUGACGAGACGUGGGGCGAAGACGACAGCCCGACUUCAGUCCGGUCAUACUCUUCCGUCUCUUCGCGUGCGUCCCUGCACCGAGGGCUGAACACUAUCCACCUCGACGAAUAUUCGUCCGACGAAGAGCCCACGCCUUUGCUUUCUUCAAGCAAGUGGGAUGCGACACCGAGGCCGGACAGGGAAACGCCCAGGCCUGGUAUGGGCGCCUAUGGCCGUGUGCCGAGCCCAGAGAUGUGGAUGAAUAUGAGCGAAGUAGCUAGUCUGAUGGACGAAGGGCUUGAUGGGAUGGAGAGCGAUGGAGAGUGGUAGUACAAAGAAGUAUAUUAUUUUCUUGGUUUAUCAUGGUGACUAUUUGUACAGAUACUCUUGUCUAGAUUUCAUGUUAGGUGCACUCUUACAGUGGGAUGCAACCUGUUGUAUGCUUUGUCACACUUUUGCGAGUCAAGACCGGGGAAUGAGUUCGGCCGACUUGAUAGCGGCAAUCUGAGCAUUUGCCGAGUUUUUGCCACUCGCUACGUCAGACUUGUGCGCGCUGCUUGGGUGAUUAUAAAUGCCAGACUGUUUUACAUUUCUG